AUGAAAUCAUUCAAUACGGGGCCUCAUCCCGGUACAAUUGCAGAGAGGUUCAAUUCUAUUCCCAUUAAACCUGUAUCUGCUCGUACCCAUGCAGGUCACAUCCCUGGCGACAAGAGUGUCACAUCUAACGAAGCCAUCAAGGCUUUGUCAUCGACUCGAUCCCUAUACAUACCCAACGGCCACCAAAGGCUGUCGAGCGGUGUACUCGGACACAGGGACUAUACCAACUUCCGGUCUCAAUAUCUUCGGGCUCAUACACCAAUCCGAUUUCUUCCACGUGGUAUUAUCUCGUUCAACUAUUGGAUACCGGACAUCGCCGUCAUAGAUGACGAGUUUGGAAAGCCAGUCGAGAGUCGUUCGUUGGAGGCAUGUCCCUGUGGCCGUGAUUCAAUUGAUACCGCUGUAUUCGCCAGGGUCUUCGUCCCUCAAGGUGAUAUUCGAAUAUUACCCGCAUUACCUGCAUCGUCGAGGGCAAUAAACUGGCCGCUUGAGUACUAUGUCACAUCACUUCUCCGGGGAGGCAAAGGAUUGAGUGAUCCAAGUGCGGCAGCGACUUACUUGACCGCUUUGGAGAGGGCGAUAAAUUGGUUUGAUCGCUCGAAUGGAGUAACAGAGGCUGCCGAAUUCCAGAACAACAUGGCUUUAUUCUACGAGGGUUACCAUGCUACCUCUCACACAAGCCUCUUGCAGUUGCUGAAUUCGACUGACAUCGAAGAGUUCGGGGAACUCCUACCUGCUCUACGUUUACCGAUGCGUUUUGCAAAAAUGAUCGAGUUUCUUUGUGACAAAUACCCAGACCUCUUCGCGUCUGCACCUACCGUGGCAAUGUCCCUCAUCAAUCAAGGCUUGGAAGGUCUGUCGAAAAGGGACUCUGUCAGCUUCGCAGAAGAUAUCAAAGUCGCCAUCACCAAAAAGCAAUGCACAACGGGUAUUUUCUCAAAGGUCUAUGCGCUGUCGGCCCACAACUCUACCAUAGGACGGCUCUGCCGUGCGUUGCAAUACAGUUCACUCAUUGUAGGUUUCACCCAUACUGAGGCUGUGCCGCUUCACCAUCAUGAUACGAUAUAUCCGUCGGGCUUCACCGGGUUUCUCACGGACACGGACCUCUUUGAGAAACUACAGCACCAAGAUCCAAUGACUGUUGCUCUAUUCACAUUACAACACCUCCGUAGUGUGGGACUUCUAGCGGUCAGGUUGGGAUACAAAUUUCCUUCUAGAGAACUUGUGGAAAGCCGGCUCGAUGCUCAUUCUCUCGAUGCUCAUUCUGUGAGUCGAAUUAGAGUUGACAGAUGGCGACAAGUAAUGAUGACAGAACAACAAAAAAAGGAGACAAGACAACAACAAAAGAGGACAGAACGACAAAUGAGAAUGGACAUCUUACUGCAAACCCUUUUAUGCAAUCAAAUUGCAUCUCUUGCCCAAAGUGCAGCGUUCACCGACGAGGGUAUCUCGACGACUUCCAGACAAUUUCUCUGGAUAGGCACGGUUGCAUACGUUCGGGCAAAGCUGGCUGUCGCACUCAUCAUCAUCGCUGCUUCGAUUCCCCUCGCCUUGUAUUUCUGGCUGUCUAUCGCCUACGCCGCUGUUGACACGUUUAGCAACUAUGCGAGCCUUGCACUACUACUGACGGGGGCGAUACUGGGCGUGGGGCCGUCAGUUUACCGGAAAGAUUGGGCUUACCACGACUUCAUCAGAUUCAGGAUGCCGGCUAGGAAUUUAUCAGAACUUGGUAAACGAGGUGCUGAGUACUUUUUCAAAAGACAGAGUGAAGGAACGCCCAUAAGUGGAAGAUACGCCAGCCCGUACCCGACUGAAAGUUCAGAAGGCACAGGACUUGUAGCUGAUGUUCCCACGCAAUUGUCCUCUAUGCACGACUUGGGACCCCCCGAGCUUGGUGCAACGAACCUUGGCGCGUAUAUAAUAUGGUGGCCCCGGACUCGCGAAGCAGGCUCAGAUGGAACUGUCAUCUUUGCUCGGUAUACACCUGGGGUAGUCUCGCAGAUGAUUAGGGGCAAGUUGCCGGAUAUUAAUGAGGUCUCUUCAGUCGCCCACAAGGCCGCGAGCAAUUUUCAACACGACAUAUACUUUGGAUGA